AUGUCUCUUAUUGGCGGAUUUAGAAGCGACACUGUCGAAUCUAUCAAGGGGUGCUGUGCAGAAGAGGCGAAGAACCCACCCAUUGCUCGCAAGUAUGGGGACAUCCCAGUUUCGUAUGACAGCAUAACAAGGGAGUGGUUGACUGCCACGCUGGCCCGAGAUCGCAAAGACACUUCUGUCAAAAACUUCGCCCUGGGCCCGGAAGACAACGGCUCGUCUGAGCGACGGCGCAUCGACAUCGAGUGGGAAGGCGCUGAGGCUGACAAGAUGCCCAAGUCAGUAUUCUGCAAGGCCGCCCACUCCAUCAAUAACCGCAUUACAUUGUCGGUCGGAGGUACCUACACAGAAGUCUGCUUCUUCAACGAGGUCCGGCCUUUGAUCGAAAUCGAGGCCCCGACCGCGUACUUUGCCGGUUACAACCCGGACUCGUGGGCGGCUAUGAUCAUGCUUAAAGACAUGGGCAGUGCCACCCAUUUCUGCACGUACAAGACGGCUCUCACCAAGGUUCAGUUUGCGGAGCAGUUCCAGAUCCUGGCCAAGCUCCACGGCCGAUUCUAUCAGUCCAAGGAGCCGUUCUUUCCCCGCCUUUUGCAUUACAAGGACCGCAUUCAGAAUCUGAUUAGUAUUGGAAUCGAAGAUGCCUGCCGUAACGGAUUCAGGGAGGCACGGAGAGAAAUCCCUCCCAGACUGUUCGCUAGGGAGGCUGAAAUCUGGCCUGCCACGUUGAAGUCUGUGGAGCGCAACGCCUCCUUGCCGGAGACGACUGUACAUGGGGAUGUCCAUCUCGGUAUGAAUCCCAGGGACUGGUCGUACAGAGAUCGAGAAUGGCUAACGAUGGAGACUUCACGCAACCUAGGCAAUUGGUAUAUCACGCCCAGCGGCCACAUGGGUCUGGCAGACUGGCAGGCUAUGGCACGGGGUCACUGGUCUCGGGAUGUGGCCUACGUCUUGGGCACCGGUGUCCCCACGGAGAAGCGUCGUCUUUGGGACAAAGAGAUGGUCGAGCUGUACCUAUUCGAGUUUGAGAAGGCGGGUGGCCCAAAGGUGACAGUGGAUGAGGCGUGGCUUGAGAUCCGACGCCAGUCUCUCGGUGCUCUCGCCUACUGGACGCUGACUCUCACUCCAUCCAAACUCAUGCCGGACAUGCAGACUGAAGCGACUACUAGGGACUUCCUUGGUCGUAUCUGUGAUUUCAUGGAUGACCAUGAUGUGCUAGACGCGUUUGACUUUUAG